AGGGGGUGGAGUUGCCCUUGGAGGCGGCACCGGGCCUGGGCCCCGAGGCCCGCCGCGCCCUAUCUGCCGGAGCCGAGUGGCCCCGCGGAGCCGGCGCGCUCCCGCCUGCAGGGGGAGGGCGGACGGGGCGCGGGGACCGGCCAGGCCGCGGCGGGCGCUGUUUCUCUUUCACUUUCCUUCGCUGCGAGGCCGGCGCACUGGCGGGCAAGGAGAGGCGUCGGUGGCGGCGGCUUGAUAUGGGAAAGCAGAGCCACCAAAAGGAGUGAUGCUCGUCGAUCUGGUGAUAAAUCUGGAUGUUAGUUCUCAUGCCUCAGGACAUCCUCUUGGGAACAGCACCACACCAGCUCCUAGGAUCAGAUUAUCAUCUACUUAGUACCAUUCUUUGCCUGAACUACUAAAGCCAGUCUUAGCUAACCACGAAUGGCUACCCAAAGGAAACACUUGGUGAAAGAUUUCAAUCCUUAUAUUACCUGCUAUAUCUGUAAAGGGUAUCUGAUCAAGCCAACGACAGUGACAGAAUGCCUUCAUACCUUCUGUAAGACUUGUAUUGUCCAGCACUUUGAAGAUAGCAAUGAUUGUCCAAGGUGUGGCAACCAAGUUCAUGAGACAAAUCCACUAGAAAUGUUGAGGUUGGAUAAUACACUAGAGGAAAUUAUAUUUAAGCUGGUCCCUGGACUCCGAGAACAAGAACUUGAGCGUGAAUGUGAAUUUUGGAAGAAAAAUAAACCUCAAGAAAAUGGACAAGAUGAUACUUCAAAGGUUGACAAACCUAAAGUAGAUGAACAAGGUGAUGAAAAUCAAGAUGAUAAAGACUAUCACAGAAGUGACCCACAAAUUGCUAUCUGUCUAGAUUGUUUACGAAAUAACGGGCAAUCAGGGGACAAUGUAGUAAAGGGUUUAAUGAAGAAAUUCAUUCGAUGUUCUACACGGGUAACUGUGGGAACUAUUAAAAAAUUUCUAAGUUUAAAACUAAAACUUCCAAGUUCUUAUGAGUUGGAUGUGCUGUGCAAUGGUGAAAUCAUGGGGAAGGAUCAUACUAUGGAAUUCAUCUACAUGACAAGAUGGCGACUAAGAGGCGAAAACUUUCGGUGUCUGAACUGCUCAGCUUCGCAAGUCUGCUCUCAGGAUGGCCCUUUGUAUCAGUCAUACCCUAUGGUAUUGCAGUAUCGACCAAGAAUUGAUUUCGGUUAGACCGAGGGGCCCAAAUCUCAGAGAUGAAUCCUGCACUGUUUACUCGCCAACAGAUUGCACAGUUAACGGUGUGUGGACUAGAGGGACACGACCAGACUUUCAGCAUGCAAAUAAGGCCAUUGUCUAUCUCUAAAUUGUCAAAUUACAUUCAUGUUGUUUCUAUUAAGAGCAAACCAAGUGCCAUUCUGCUACUGAACCGUCUGCAUAGGAUAUUUGUGCUGUCUCACAGUGUGUAAGUCCUAGCUGAAAUCGGUGUGCAACCAUGAUUUAGCCUUCUGAAUAUUUUGCUUGCCUGUUCCAAGAUUGUUCUAAUGUUUAAUUACACUAGUUAAAAUGGCUCAAUCUUUGUGGUGUUGCAGUUUUCACAUACUUAGUAUUUUAUUAAUUCUUGUUUAAAUAGAGUACUGUACAAGAAACUAAUAAUUAUAUCUUGAAAUUAUUUUGUAUGGAAAUAUAUUUAGAAAAGUGGUUUUGGAGCCACUGUCCUGUUCCUGAUAAGCUUUUUGUGUAAAAAAAAAAAAAAAAAAAACUGUUCUUUUUUGAGUGUGCAGGUCUGUUUGCAAAGAAUUUCAAUUAUUCUUUAACAUUAGAGCACAUCACAGUUGUAGACAUUCUGAAUAUCUGUCUGUGUGUCGUCUACUAAUUGCACAAGGAAGGCAUGUUAGCCCUCCAGAUUGAAAAUGUAUGCGACUUUUUUGGAGAACUGAAGUUAGAUUCACAACCAUUCGAAAUGUUGGCAGCUGAUCACCUUUACUUCUAAUGAAAUUAAUGUGUCAGUAAGGUUAAUCUUCUUUCAUAAUGCCUUAUGACAAGUGGGUGCUGCUUCAUGAACCGUCAUUGUAUAGCCCACUCCAUGUAUGUAUCAUUCAUUACAUUGCUGCUCUCAUUUAAUGAGCAUUGUUUCUCUUUUUAAGUUGGCCUUAGUAUAUGUUAUUGUGGCAUGCAGAGGGUUAUAAUUUUAAAUAUAAGGAAUUUUAGAGCACAUAACAUUAGCUAUUUUAUGGAUUUCAAAAAUCUCAAAACAGUUAGAGAUUACAACUAUUAGUUACCUUUUACAUUUCCAAACUGUAUGCAUAAAAUAGAAUAAAUGCAGUGUAGAAGAUAAAUAACAUUAACCAAAAUUAAUGGUUUAAGGGUAUUUUAUUUUAGAUCCUGUAGUAAUCAGGGGGAAAUAGGAUUAUCAUUUUAUAUGUGAGUUCAUUAGAGUCAGAUCUAUGAUGCUGUCUUGUGUUUUGCAUUUUAAGUCUUCCAUUCAUUUUGGAGUUAGUGUGCAAGUCAAAAGAAAGUCUUGUCAACAUAAAUUAUAUUAAAAACUUGGCUUUAAAUCUUUUAAAAUUUAAAGUUGUUUUCAAAAAAUUCUUUAGAAAUUAUUCUAUUAAUUGCUUUGAAACAAACAAGUUAACCUCUUAAACUAAGGAAAAAUAUGUUCUAGAAAUCUAACAUGAGCACAAUCUGUGUGUCACACACAUAGUUUUUAUAUUGUAUAUGCGGUAAACAUGACACAUUUUCUAGUAAAAUGUAUCACAAAUUAAUGCCUUCUGAAUUUCAAAAUGCUUCUCAGAAAUAAAACAUUGUACAACUCUAAGAAUCAUAAAAUACAGCUAAAUCUUGAUAACAUUUCACAUUAUAAAGCAAAAACUUCAUAAUUAUCUUUUCCUUACAUCUUUUUUUCAAGUCAAGAUAUCUAUUAAAUUUUUCAGUUGUUCUGACUUUUGUGAAAAGGUUAUGGCAAUACUUUAACUUCAUUUUGUUAGGUUGUGUUUGUUCUUGGGAGGGCUCACAAGCAGAAUUUAAAGGCAGAUUUUCAUUAUCUCUAUAUAAAAGGUUGAAAAAGACCAUUACACUCAACCAGAAAACUAAAUUUGGAUCUAGCUAUAGCUAUGCUGCAAAAUCCAGUUCCCAGACAUCCUUGAGAACUUUUAAAUAUCGUAAGUUUGUCACAUACACAUCAGUGAUACAGCGUUUCGCACGUGAAAGUUAAUAUUAAAUAACUCAAACAAUUUAGAGCACAUUUUUAAAACCACAAAUGAGACUUGGAUGUUUGGUUCUCUGGCCAAAACUUACGGCCAUAAAUAAAUUUUGUCUACAAAAUCUUUUUUAAUUUGGCUCAUUGACUGAUCAUAUGUGUUAAUCAUUUGACUAUUUUCCCAGGAAAUACAUAGGAAGCAAUUAUGGAACUGAGACUAGUUUUAUAUAAAAUUCCUUUAUCUGCUAUUAAUGUAUUAACAUUUUUAUUGAAACACAAUGGAAUAUGUGCCAAAACAUGUGAAAACCUCACAUAAAGAAAGGCAUCAAUUGUCAUUUGGGGAAAGGUACACUUUUUUUGAUGGACUUGAGUAAAUAGGUAUUCUUACUACUAGAACCACAGACUUCUUCAACCAACUUCUUUUGGUAUGUUUCAACUAUGACUUUCUGAGUAUGGGACUACUUUCACAUCUAGUUAUACACUAUAUCCCCAGCUAAGUCAGGUUGUAGGAUUUGCUAGAAACCAGGUACAGAAACUUUUGUGGUUAGCAUUGUAAUUUUAGGGUGCUUAUAAAAGACUGUUUAAAUAACCUAUAGGAAUAAUCAUCUGAAUCCAUAAAAGCAGAGAAAAAAAAAACUAAAUGUUUUUCUUCAAUCUGUUGUUUCUUAAGCAAUAAACUGAAAGAAAUUUACUUCCAUAAAAGGUUUUAUUAUCUGUUUUGUCUAGCUUAGAAAUCAUAGAUACAAAAGGGUCCAGGAACCUUGGAUAUAAAGAAUGCGUGUGGUUUAUAAACAUUAAUGGAAGUAACCACAUCAGUUAAUAGAGAAAUCAAAAUGUACCCUUUUCUCUAGAUUAACAAGAUACUUCUGAAUAUGAAAGAUAAAUUAAAAGGCUCAUUGAUGAGGAGUGUGGGUAACUUGGGUAAUGUCUCUUAGCUACUGUCAGACAAGUACAUUAUUUCUUUAUUCAUUGAUAUUUCUUUAUUCAAUCUGUCCCAUACUAAUGUGCCACAUUUUAUAAAUGUAAUGACUUUGCUCAACUAUAUUAUACAUGCAAAUGUAAUCCAAAUUUAAACUGAUUCUUUAGGAAAAAAAUAAGUGUUAUAUAAUAUUAUGAACUGUUUAGCUUUAUUGAAAUAUUUAAGAGAAAGUGCCUCAUUGCUAAAGUGCAUUUCUGUUUUAGAUUUACUGCAUAAAGUUUGAGUUAUCUGUACCUGUCUCUUAUGAAUGGUUUCAUAUCUAAAUAGGCUCUUGUAAAUUAGAAUAAUCCUUUUUUUAAGAUUUUCAUAAGAAUAUAAAUAUCACCAAAGACAUUUUACUUAAUUAAUAACCAUGUUGGAGAGACAGUUUUAACAGUUUGAAGGUUAGAAAUUUUAGGAUUGCAAUUUAAUUUUAUGUAGUUAGGCAAUAACCUUGAUUAAUUUCUGAAAUAUCACCAAAGAAAGGCUUUAAACUGAAUUUUCUUGGUGAGAUCAGUCAAAUGCAGAUUUUUCUUGCAAUAAUCAGAGUACACUUUCUUUCAAAUACAUUCGUUGUUGUCCAGCACCAUCUGACAAAUUUUAGGACAUUCUCAAAGGUGAGGAAGAGGUAAACAUAACAAAUAGCCUCCCUAUGGAUGAAAGUGAGAGAAAUACUGACGUUGAAAAGAAAAUUGAGAUUUUUAAAUUUUAAUUUGAGAAGCUUUUUAUUUCAUGGAGGCAGUAUAAACUAAAAUGAAGCUUAUUUGGCUCCUGGGUUCUUUGUAACGUGAGCAAUUUUAUUAAAGACAGACUUUGGUAAAUGUGCUGUUGUGCUUACUUGUGUAGAAAAGAGUACAUGCUAUUGGAUUGUAGAAGGAAGUGCUUUUUCUAUUUCAGAAACAAAAUUUUCAUAAGGGCCUGCAGUUCCCCAGGUCCCUUUACGAAGUAGCCAUCAUCUCAGCAAUUAGUUUAUUGUUAUUAGAAUUUAGCCAUACAGCCAAAUUUGGUAAAAUGGGGUCAUAGAACAAAGCUUGUUCAAGGGGAAGUUUAGUCCCCUCCCUGUUUCUUCUUGGGAAUGCAUACUGUGGGCCAACUUAGUGGUAAAGCUCAUAUUUAAAGUCUUUCUGACAGGUCACUAGACAAAUCUGCUGGGGUAGAAUAAAACUGGUACACACCCAGAGUGUUUAUAUGCUCUGUCGGGUUUAUCAUCAGACUUCCAGCAAGCUAAGCUGUAUACCAGUAGGAUGUUGGUUGGUUAUAGAAACUUCAAAAAUGAGUUUGCCAUAACUUUAAUUUUCUUGGUCAGAAACCAACCAACCAACCUUGAAAUGUUAUUAUUUUAAGAUAUAUAGUACUGUAGUUUGGGGAACAAUAAGGAACAUGUCUGCUAAAUCUGAUUUAUGAAAAAUUGAAAAAAAUACCGUAGAGACUCAAACCCCUUCAAGGCACAAAAUAAACUAUUCCUGGUUUUACUAGAUAAACCUAGGUCAGUAAUAUUUUGAUGAAAAACAUCAGAUUGAAGUUUUAUUAAAAUGGAUUUAAAUAUACAGUACAGGAUUUCAUGGUUUGUUGUUUUUUUUUUUUUGCACUGAUGUUUUUCCAGUAAUUUCAAAGUGAUUCUCUAUGUUUAAUACAUUUAUCACUGACGUUUUUACUUGCUUUCAUUUUUUCAAAUAGAAUUAAGAUGCCUGAGCACUUCCUCUUCAGAAAGUUUUAAAAUUAAGAAUUUAUUUUCGAUGCUCAUUCAAAUGUGUCUGUAUACUUGUUAUGCCCCUUUUUCUAUGAAGGGGCAUAAUCAUUGAUAUUUCAGAAAUGCUUUUUAAUUUUAAUUAUUUUUAAUCUAGAAUCAAGUGAAACAGAUACAUGUCGAAUACUGGGUCUAGUUUUCUUCCAUCUUAUAGAGCUUCAUGCAAUAAGAAGCCAGUCUGGUACAAGUAAAGAUUAAAUGUUUCUGGGUAAUGUGGAGAUAGCAAACAGACUAAUUAUCCAUACAGUCCACUGGAGCACGAGUUCUACACAUUAAAAAUGUAAUGGGAUCAGCCUAACAUUGUUUGGGGUCAGUUUUCUUUCGCUGUAAUUUUUAGAAUGGGGUUGGGGGCCUAAGUGUCCUUAUGAAGUUGUCCACGACAAGAGCUGGUGGGGGGAGUACCAGUGUUCUGCUGCUUUCCUGCAUCUGAGCAACAACAGAGAUCAUCGGUUUUUAAUAGAGUAGCCCUCACAAUAAAUAAAGUUAUCAUAGAAUAUAUUGUAAAGUUAUGUUGCUAAUUUUCCUUUGAAAUAUAAAAUAUUUUAAGCUUUUUGUCAAAAGUGGUAACAUCUUAAUACAAAUAAAAACCUUUUUGUGGUUGUAAGAUUUAGCUUAUAAAUCAUUCAAAUUGAAGUGAAAGAAUUACCGGGUCAUUGUUAAUGACUCAGUCUAUUAAGAAUAUAUGUAUUUUUGUAAAGGAAAAGCACUUGUAGAUAUUUAAUCAGUACAAGAUAUGUCUUUUGCAGAAAUAAAAUGCUGCUUAGAGAUUCUCUUUAAAUAUUUUUUAUUUUUGUGCUGAAAUGUAUUUUCUGUUGAUCUAUGGAAUGUUCUGUACAAAGCUGUAUGAUUGUACUGUUGGGCUAGAUACUUUUUUGUUUUUUAAAUCUGGACUUAGCCAAGUAUAUUUGACCAUGUUAAAAAAAUAUAGUAUCUUUGUUAUUAAAAAUUUGAUUGCAUAAUU